AUGAAGAAAGAAGAACUGUUGAAGGAGCUAGAUGACCUCAAAGUGGAACUCUCUCAGCUGCAGGUUGCCAAGGUGAAGCAGUCUCCAAACUCUCCCAAGAUCCGGGUGGUUCGCAAAUCCAUUGCCAGAGUGCUGACAGUCAUUAACCAGACACAGAAGGAAAACCUCAGGAAGUUCUGCAAAGGCAAGAAGUACAAGCCUAUAGACCUGCGGCCUAAGAAGUCACGUGCCAUGCAAAGCAGACUAAACAAGCACGAAGAGGGUCUGAAGACCAAAAAGCAGCAGUGA